AUGGCUUUUUCGAAGGUGUCUUUUUGGCCAACGACACCGAGGUGUGGUGGAAGCGAAUGGGUGGCUACACGAGAGUCCUCCAACAAGUCUGCGAAAGGAGCAUGCAGUCAAAAUGAACUUGAAAAAACCAUUGAAGGACUGUAUCUCAGCAUUAAGCAGCGGAAAUAUCAGCUGUAUCGUCAGGCUGAUGGCAACAAGAGAAGACAUCUGCUUAGAAAAAAGAUUUCAGUGGAAAAGAGAUCCUUAGAAGAUGCCAUCACAAAAUACAAUGCUGUUGUGCCGGAAACUGGCAAACUCCCUUCUCCCAACGAGCUCCUGGCUGAGGAAAACUAUUCCUGGCCUUGGGAAUGUCAUGGUGAUAUGUUAAAGAAAAAAAAGGUCUUCGACAAGGUAAUGCUGCUGAACCGACUGAAGGAAGAGGAGGUCAUUGUUGUCCGUGAAGUCAAGCAGCACUGGGAGUACAUGAGGAAUAUGGCUGGAAAUAUUGAAGAGAUUUCCUCCCAGCUUUCAGAAGGGAUCACUCAGCAAAGCGGCACAGAAGCAUUGACUGGGAGAGGACGUGAGGGGCUACUCUGUCUGCUGAAGAGAAGACUGUCAGCAAUUCAAGCUCAGCAGGGUGCAGCUCGCUCAACGUACCAACAUGUUUUUGGAUCGCAAGCCUUGUCUCUCGAUGAUUCCUCCACUGAUGAUGAAGAACCCCAUGAUAGCAGCUCCUCCACCGAAGAUGAAGAACACUAGCAUUGUAGCUCCUCUUCUGAACUUUGACCUCCCUCAUUAAAAAAUGAGGAAAACUGUUGUAAUUACCUGGCCUGCAGUAUGAAUGUGAAAUGUUAAAAUAAACUGUCCUGCAAUUGACUCUUUUUCUGAGUUAUGUACUAUUACUAUUUUGAAGUAGAUGCUGAUGCUUUUUAUGUAAAUUAUGAAUGAUUAAUUUGAGAUUUAUUGG